AUACCCAAUGUGGGGCUUCAACUCACCACCCUGAGAUCAAGAGUUGGAUGCGCUACCAACUUAGCCAGUCAGACGUCCCUUCUUUGUCAUUUUAAACACUCAUACACACCUACCGAUGUUUCCAUAUAUUUGCUAUUGUGAAUAAUACUGCAGUAGAUAUUCGUGUUCAGAUACUUUGUGGAGAUACUGAUUUUGUUUCCUUGUGAUACAUACCUAGAAAUAGCAGUGGUGGACUAUAUGAUAGUUGUAUUUUCAAUUUUUGGUGGGUAUCCCUAAUAUUUUCCAUAAUCACUUACCUAUUUACAUGCCCAGCAGCAGUAUUCAAAUGUUAUUUUUCCUGCACAUCCUAAUCAACGUGUUACCUCUUGUCUUUUUGGUAAUAGCCAUUGUGACAGUGAGCUCUCCACAUUACUUUGACUAUCAGGGCCCAAUAAUGCACAGCAACCACUCCAGCUGUUUUCCAUCUCCAGUGUCUGGAAAGGCAUGCCUAGGUUGUUGCUGUGGAGCAGAGGAUGAGGAGGCACCCUUUGCCCAGAGCGCUUCUGUAGGCGUGUCACAGACCAGGAUGCCCAAGGCAGCUCAGUCUUCCCGGAAGACCCACCCUUGUGAGAUGUGUGGUCCAGUCUUGAGAGACAUUUUCCACUUGGCUGCGCACCAGGGAAAAGAAAACAGCCAGAAACUGUUGAGGUGUGGGGCCUGUGGGAAACGAUUUUAUUUCAUUACUGACUUCAGAAAACAUGAGAAACAGCACAUGGGAGAGAAACCCUUCAGAAGCCGUGUGGACAGGGCCUCUGUUGUGAAGAGCUGGGGAUUCCAUGGUUCAGGAAAGCCCCUUACCUGUGGAGAAGUUCAGAAGGAUUUCCUGUCUGGCUUGGGGCAUCUGCAGCAAGAGGCCACUCAUACUGGGGAGAAGCCACACACGAUCACCCAGUGCAGGGCAACUUUACAAAGCAGAAAAAGUCAUGACACCUGGGGAGAAUGCAAGAACGCCUUUGGUCCCAAACACACACAUAUUCAGGACCAGGGUGUCCACCUAGGUAGACAGUCCUUUGUGUGCAGUGAAUGCGGGAAAGCAUUCAGGUACAAAUCCUUAUUUGCCAUACACCAGAGAUACCAUAUUGGAAAAAGACAUUAUGAGUUUGGCAAAUAUGGAAAAUCACUUAGGCAAAGGUCAGCCCUGAAUGAACAUGGUAAAACUCACAGUGGAUCCAGGCAAUACAUGUGCAGCAAAUGUGGGAAAUCCGUAGGCUACAACUCUGUCCUUAUUCAUCCGCAGGGAUGGCACAAUGGAACGAAGAGUUAUGUUUGCAGUGGAUGUGCAAAAUCUUUUAUCCAUAGAUCAGUGUUGAUUACUCAUAGGGUUCGCCCUGGAGAAAGGUUUUAUAAAUGUUGUGGCUGUGCAAAAUCUUUUCCCUCUAUGUCUGCCCUUUGUUAUCAUCAGAGAUCUCACACAGACUUAAGACCGUAUGAGUGCAGUGAUUGUGGGAAAUCUUUUACCACUAGUUCUAUCCUCCGUGCUCACCAGAGAGUUCACACUGCAGAAAGGCCCUACGAGUGCAGUGAAUGUGGCAAGUCCUUUGUCCGAAGGUAUAGUCUCAAAGUACACAUAAAGGUUCACUCAGGUGAAAGGCCUUAUAAGUGUAAUGAAUGUGAGAAAUCUUUUAAGUGGAAGUCCACAUUGAUUAAACACCAAAGAAUUCACACUGGAGAAAGGCCUUAUGAGUGCAGUGAAUGCGGGAAAUCUUUUAUCUGUAGGACUCACCUCCAUUAUCAUCACAGAAUUCAUACUGGAGAAAGGCCUUAUGAGUGCAGUGAAUGUGGCAAGUCCUUUAUCCGAAGAAAUAUCCUCAAAGUACACAUAAAGGUUCACUCAGAUGAAAAGCCUUAUAAGUGUAAUGAAUGUGGGAAAUCUUUGAAGUGUAAGUCAACACUGAUUAAACACCAGAGAAUUCACACAGGAGAAAGGCCUUAUGAAUGCAGUGAAUGUGGGAAAUCUUUUGCCACUAGUUCUGUCCUUCAUUCUCACCAGAGAGUUCACACUGGAGAA